CAAGAGUGCCUAUUUCAGCGACGAAGAACCCGGGCCUCCAUCGAGUUGACCUUGGAUAAGAGCGCGAAGAAAAGUCGAAGUACGGCGAUGCAAAUGCGCGUGUUUGCGGGUGUAAAAUAUUUAAUUAGUAAGAGCCGCGAUCGGGCAAAUGUUUGCCAACAGUCGUUACCCAUCGAGGGCCCGAUUCUUUCUUAUCGGAGGCCAACGAGGCGCCUCUAAGCGUUCUCCAAGAUGGCGGCCGACGCGCUGGUUCCUUUUUCCUCAACGCAAGACGCGCCUACGUUAUAUUGCUAUCAUUUUACCCCGAAGGUGGCAGAAUCGAAGGAAAGAUAAUAGAAGAGCUACCUUAUCGCCCCUUUUCUCAUUUUACGUGUGAAAUUAUCGCGUAGUACAACCGUAAAUGUAGGAUAUACUCUGGAUAUGUAACGCUGGUUUCACGAUGGAAGCGAUAAAAUUGAAAGGAGACAAAGAAACCAUGUUAUGUCUAGGAAGACUUAAAAGAGAUCAAAGGGGAUGUUUCCUCGUAUGAAACAUUAAUAACGACGGUAGAACGACGAUAAACGGAGAUAAACUGAAGGUGCCGUUCCUCCGUUCUUUUCAUACGCGAAUCGAUGCGUCGCAACAUGGCGACGUAUCUAAUCUACCGGUAAAGGACCAAAGAAGAGGAAAAAAGGAAAAGAGGAAAAGAAAUAGGUCUUUCUUCCUUUUCACCGGCUUCGCCCGAAUAUAAGGGGAAUAAUGUGAUAUUUGCAAAUUCUAGGAAUCUCGGCGACGCGAAGCGGGACCCAAGAUGGCGGCCGCGCCGCGCUUAACGCCAGAUCGACCAUCUACCAGAAAUUACCGGCAGAAAGGUCGCGUUUCGCGUUAUUUAAACAGCCUACGAGCAGUCGCGCCACGAGGGCUUUUUAUCGGAUCUCCCACGCAAUGUUUGCCAGCCGAUUCAGGGAUCCCGUCGCAGCGGGUAAACAAUGGCGCGAAACCACCUCGUCACGUAUCUCCCCUCUCUUAUAUAUAUAUCCCUUCUCCCUUCGUCUCGCCUGGAGAAUUCACCGAAUAGAAGUCGUUUUGGCCCUGCCGGGGAAGCGCGACCAUGUAGCGCCCUGAUAGCCAGAUAGCUCUCGUUCUUAAUUCGUGGUCGCGCCAGUCGCCACCGCGAGGAGGAGCGCUCAGUAUCUCUUAUCACGCAUCUCGAGCGAUCCUUUCGGUCCCCUGAUAGCGGCUCGAAGGGAACGGGAUGCUGCCACCAGGAACGAAGAGGUCCCGGAAGAUCGAUAAGGGCCGUACAUGUAGAGAUGUCCUCGUCAAGUAUGUCCCUAUUGUCGGCUGGAUCCCCAGGUACUCCAGGAUGAACGCCCUCUCCGACCUGAUAGCUGGUAUCACCCUGGGGCUCACCAUGAUCCCUCAGAGCAUCGCCUACGCCGCCCUGGCCGGGCUCACGGCUCAGUACGGUCUCUACUCGACCUUCCUGGGUGGGUUCACCUACAUGUUCCUGGGGACCGUGAAGGAGAUCUCGAUCGGACCGACCUCGCUGAUGGCCCUGGUGACGGCGGAGUUCACGCGGAAUAUGCCCCUGGAAUUCGUGGUAUUACUUGGCUUUUUAGCUGGCACUGUAGAACUGAUAAUGGGUUUACUGGACCUAGGCUUCCUGGUGGACUUCAUCUCCCUGCCGGUCACCUCGGGCUUCAUGUCGGCGACCUCGGUGAUUAUAAUCGUCUCGCAGCUCCAGGGACUCCUGGGGCUCAGGUUCUCCUCCGAGAGCAUCGUCGACAACGCCAGGAAGCUCCUCGAGAACGCGGGGAACGUCAGGCUCACCGACGCCGGCCUUGGCCUCUGCAGCAUCGUCUUCCUUCUGAUACUCAGGAAGUUAAAAGACUUUGACUGCGCAAUGCUGAGGGAUUCUAACGAGUCCAGGAACAGAGUCAUAAAGAAGACGCUGUGGUUCAUAUCCAUUGGGCGAAACGUCCUGGUGGUUCUGAUUGCAUCGUUCCUGUCUUAUCGACUCGAAAUGUCAGGACACUCGCUGUUUCUCCUCUCAGGAAAAGUUAAGUCGGGCCUGCCCACUGUGUCGCUUCCACCAUUCACCGCACAAGUUGGCAACCAGACGUAUACUUUCGUUGACAUGUGCUCGCACUUAGGAAUUGGUAUAAUCAUCGUGCCGUUGGUGGCAGUCCUGGCCAACGUCGCGAUUGCCAAAGCUUUCGCAUCCGGCCAGACCAUCGAUGCAUCCCAAGAGAUGGUAACGCUGGGUGCCUGCAACAUCCUGGGCAGCUUCGUCUCCUCAAUGCCAACUUGCGGAGCAUUUACUAGGAGUGCCUUAGCCUCUGCCAGUGGCAUUCAGACUCCUUUAGCUGGACUCUACACCGGAACCAUGACGCUGCUGGCUCUUAGCUUUCUCACUCCGUACUUCUACUUCAUCCCUCGAGCCACCCUGGCAGCCGUUCUGAUAUGUGCGGUAAUGUUCCUGAUAGACUGGAGGAUCAUCGUGACACUUUACAGAGAGUCCAAAAGAGAUGCAGUGGCAGCAAUUGGCACUUUCGUUAUGUGCUUGCUGUUCAACGUAGAAACUGGUCUGCUCCUCGGAAUCUUCACUAACAUUGUGUUUCUGCUCUAUGUCUCUGCGAGACCAACAGUUGAGGUAACGGAGUGCAAAACGAAUUUUGGAGAGGUCUACCUGUUGCUCAAGCCAGAUAUAGGCCUCUACUAUCCUGCGGUGGACUUCCUUUACAACAGGGUCUUAGAAGUCGCAGAACAACCAGGCAAAGAGAAACUGCCACUCGUCAUUGAUUGCCGCCGAUUCAAUGGGAUUGACUACACGGCAGUAAAGGGCAUCGAAAGGUUGUUGGCCAACUUUGACAAGAGGCAGCAACAAUUGCUGUUCAUUUACGUAAGUGACUCCAUUGUCAGCAAAAUCACAAACCUCAGCGAUCACAAAUUGUUUCGCUGGGCUGAAAACGAAGACUGCAUCGUCGAAGUGCUAUAUGGGGACACCGCAGAGAUUAGCAGAAGUGCCACGAUACCUGUUCUGAGGGAGAUUGACAAUGACGAUGGUUCCCUGAAAAUGAAGGUGACGAUCGAUGGAGAGGAAGAGAUGGAGACACAGGAGCAGGAAUCUCUGCUUUCGCGGAAAGGAACGGAUGACGUUGAAUUGACAGUGAUAGAAGCUCCUCCGGAGGCUCAUGGUUCUCAACGAGAGGAGGCUGAGACCAUUCUAAUGAAAAAUAACCUAGAAAUAAUAUAAAUUAUGUAGAUAAAAUGGAAUUAGACAAGCCAAUCGAGAGUCCAAAAGGCAGUCCCUCUGUCAAUUAACUAAUUCAAAGCAAUGUAAACAGUUCAAUGGUGAACAGUAAGAACAAUUAAGUUACAUUCCUUUAGCUGCCAUUUGGCAUAAGCAGGACACACUGCGGAUGAAUUCUCGACAUCAAAGAGACAGAGAUAUAAUCUCUAACAAUGGUUAUGUAAAUUCUUUAC